UAUGACCCGCACGAGGACCCGUAGCUAUAAUACAAAGACUGGGCUAACUUGGUUUUGCUAGUGAUACUGGUAGAAUGUUCGCGGAGCUGAGCGGUAUACUGGGCGCCAGUACUGACCGAGUAGAGCGGGGUAAAUUUACUCUGAUCUGUGACUGUAAAACUGAUGGGAGCUUCUUGGUACAUCACUUCCUGUCUUAUUACCUUAAAGCUGGCUGUAAAGUCUGUUUUGUGGCUCUCGUCCAGUCAUUCAGUCACUACAACAUUGUUGCACAGAAGCUGGGAGUGAAUUUGGUUGCUGCAAAAGAUGAAGGACAGUUGGUGUUCCUGGAGGGGCUGAGAUCCUACACAGACUUGUUGUUUAGCGAACGGAAGGAAGCAGAGCGACCAAACCCUCUCCACUGUCUGAGGAAGGAAGGAUUAGACUUGAAGCCUCUGUAUGAAUUUGUGAGCACAGCAUUGGCUCCAUCUGCUGGGGAGUCAUGGAAAUGCCCCGUACUGAUACUGGAUGAUGUUAGUGUGCUCCUCAGCCUGGGAGUGGGUGCUCCGCUGGUGCUGGACUUUAUGCAUUAUUGCCGGGCUACUGUAUGCAGCCAGUAUGAGGGGAACUUGAUGUGUCUGGUCCACUCUGAUGAGGAGUCUGAAGAUGAGGAAAAUGACCUGGUCAGGAGGACACUGCAGCAUCAGAGCAACAUGAUCCUGGAGGCGGAGGGCCUGACUACUGGCUUCUGCAAAGAUGUUCAUGGGCAGCUUAAGAUUACCCGGCGGGCACCACCUCAUGGCAAAGGCGAGAGAGACCAAUGCGCAAUAUACCAGUUUAAAAUACAGGACAAAAAUGUAACUUUUUUUGCUAGAGGGCUGUCUUCAGCUGUACUCUAACCAAUGGACUUCUGCUCUUGCUGGCAGCCAUUAGUGGUUGUGUUCUCUGCCGCCCAUGGAUGCACUAACUGAUCAGCUAGGCGCUACCUAUGGACACGAUUAAAGCUGGAGCAUUGCUGGAAACGACUAAUAGAUAAGCAGGGCUCUUGUCUACACGCAUUAACUAUUAGACUAAUUACACUUCCUGAUAUUUAUCAGAAAUACAAGAUUAAAACUAUUUAUAUCAACAAAUUGGCUGCUGAAGUUCUGCAGUUCAUUGUAGCAUGUUGCAGCCUUCUGUUAUCCAAAUAGUUAAAAAAUAGAAACUAUAUUUUUACUUUAGUUUUUCUGCUUUCAAAUUCUUUAUUUCUUUUUUCACAUAUUAGGCACAGAGGGUACUGGUUCUACAACACAAGUCUGAUUCUUUAUCCAGUUUGCUUAAUGUAACCAAAACAAUAAAUGUGCUUAGAUUUCUUUUUUA